AUGGAAGUGACAGCUCUCAAGCUGCACGGUCGUCACUCGGCAGUUAGGCCCAACGUCUUUAUCGGUAGCAUCGGAGCUUCACCCCAAACAUAUUCGAGCAUAGGCAACGCUAAGCGUCUCACACGUCCUGGAUCAGUCGCACUUGCACUUCGACGGGACGAGCUCAAUACCAAGUUCUCGAGCAGUCAACGUGGUUUACCAGUCGUCGGUGCCUUCACACUGGACUGCGUCAUGUUUGAUGCAGCCAAAGACAUUUGCUUCUCCAAAUGUCAUAGUCCGACGACUAUCCUUGCUGAUUCAAAGCGGACGAUCGCUUACCACAUUCGGAUUGAUCUCGAGCAUACUGCUCAAACUCGUCCUUCGCUAGUCGUAGUAGAUGCACAAAUCAUCGAAAUCUUGCUCCACUUACCAAAACACAAGCCACCGAGUCCACCGAACCUGCUGCGGGGCGCAGCACCUGUCCGCCAGUCUCGCUUCACUGUGCCGCCCUUGACCACCAGUCCCGCUGCGCUGCACUGUCCCAGUCCAACGGCCGCGCUGUGCUUCGCUGCUCCUGGUUUAACGGCGCUGCGCUCCCCUGCCCUCUGGUCCCGCUGUGCUCCACUGCUCCAGUCCGCCGGCUCACUCCGCCGCGUUAGCUUUGUUCGGCGUCCGGUGCCCGCUCCCUAGCCGUGAAGCAGUUUAGUUACUUGGCUAACGGUGAUAUGACGUCCAAUUAUAUUGACGAGCUGCGCAGUACUGUUGAUAUUAGAGAUUACAAGUCUAAUCGAUACAAUCUUGCAGAGGUCUACAAAAAAUCCCCAACGUCUAUGGAUCGAUAUAUUACGAGAAAGUUCUCGUGGGA